AGGGGAUUACUACACUAUGGGCAACCGACAGAGGAUUCCGCGGGAUCCGUUCCGGGAACAGUCGCUCGCAUCUCGAUUUAUGGACAAUGACUUUGGACUGCCACCUUUUCACGACGAAUUAUCUAUGGACUGGCCCGGCUGGGCACGACCUCGACUGAGCACCCGCCUGGACGCGCCGUGGUCGGGCUCGUUGCGCACGGGCUUCAGCAUGGGCUCACCGCAGGGCUUCAGUUCCAGGUACAGCGAGACCCCGCGCCGAUCCAACGCGCCCCCGACCAACCCAGACGAGGCGUGGAAAGUGUGUGUGAACGUGCACAGCUUCAAACCUGAGGAGCUUAAUGUCAAAACUAAAGAAGGUUUUGUAGAGGUGUCAGGGAAGCAUGAGGAAAAGCAAGACGAGGGCGGAAUUGUUACCAAAAACUUCACGAAGAAAAUUCAGUAAGUCUGAUGAUUGUAUCAAAAGUUUCUGGAA